AUGGAAAAGGCAGCCAAAGGCAAGAAAAUUUCCGGAAGUGCUUUAGAAAAAAUGGAUAUUGACAAGAUUUUAGAAAGUGUUCGCGAAAAAAUAAAUAGUUCGGGAGAUAAAAACCUAAUCGAGAGUUUGCAAAAAAAUGUUUUGGAAAUGGAAAUGAAAGGCUUGAAAUUUGCCCGUGGUUUAGAUUUUAAUAAUUCAGAAAUUAAAGAUUUUAAAAUCGAAAACAAUACUAUUUAUUUUCCUUUUACGGCUAUUGCGGGAAUUGGUGAAAAGUUGGCGGAAAAAAUUAUUGCUUAUCGACAAGAAAAAGGACAAAUUACUAAUAAUUGA